AUCAUCAUCGCGCCAUGUUGCUUUCUUCUUCUGCUUCUGUUUCUUUUCCAAGUUUUUAAAGAGAGAGAGAGAGACUGAAAGAAAAACAAAAAACAGAGAGCUUUGGUUCCGGAUCUUGAUUAUGGCAAAUGGGUGGGUCAAAUCGUUACAAUGCAAGUCGAAAGCUUUCGAUGAUGUUUACAAUCCGAUUAAAAACCCGAACCCGAAUCCGAGCCCGAGUCCGAAACAUCUCAUGUCAAGCUACAGUUGCAGAAAAAGCACACAGAGUCUAAAAGAUGUGAUCGAAACCAAAAAACCCAAACCUAAACCGAAGAAACCCAAUCCAAAACCGGAUAAACGAGAAACCGACCCGGUUUUAUCACCAUCAACCCGGAUCCGAUCAACCGGAGUUCGUGAUCGUGAUCCGUUUUUACCGACAUUGACGGAGCUAUCGGAAGGUCAUCAGUCACGUAAUGUGGUGGAGAUUAUCUUUCAGACGAGCUGGGGUCCGAAACCGUUUUCGGGUCGGGUCGAAAUGAUUUUCAAAGUGCAAAACGGGUCUAAGACUUUGACCCGGUUCGAAGAGUAUCGUGAAGCCGUGAAAGCUAGGAGCGUGGGGAAAGCGCGUGAAGAGAACGCGCGUUCGGUUGCCGACGGGAAUGAAACAAUGAGGUUUUACUGUUUGGGUCCAAGUUACGGUGGAGGUGGCAGCGCGUGGGGUAUUUUGGGAGGAAAAGGCGGUGGCGCGUCGAUAUAUACGUUUGCCGGAAGUAGCACGGCGAAUGAGAAAGCUGGCGGUGGGAAAGGGAGGAAGGCAAUGUUGGUUUGUCGGGUCAUAGCGGGUCGGGUCACUAAGCAAAACGAGUUAAAGUAUGACUCGGAUUUGAGGUCACGGUUUGACUCAGUGAGUGGUGACGACGGAGAGUUGCUCGUGUUCGAUACACGUGCGGUGUUGCCUUGUUUUCUCAUAAUCUAUCGGUUGUAAAAAUUCAAAAAAAUAAAAGUUAUUUUAGUUUCUAACUUUUUGACAUUGUAAUUUCAUUUAUCAACGCAAUUUUCCCCUAAUGUUUAGGGAUUUGUUUUUAUUUCCAAUGUAAAAUUGGUAGAAAAUUGUGUUGAUAAAUGGUAAUUAAUUUUGUUGACGACAAGAAAAAAUGGCAAUUAGUAG